ACUCGGCGAAGCAGCUCCGGAAGGUAGGUGGCGCGAUACCGUUUCUCUUCCUUUGCCGCGGAUGUGCACAUGCCUUGGGAUUGUCUACACUUGCAAUAGAUGCCGAUAGAAUUGCGAGUCGAUUGUUAUCACCGCUGUGUUUGAACUGAGCUCCAACCUUUCGGUGGCACCUUUUCGAGUUGUGCCGCCUGCUGGGAAUGUAAAGCUCUUGCAUAGCAAAUGAUCUAUCCAGCAUCUAGUGUCUGUGAGCAUGGCAUGCUGUCGCUCGCUGCUGCUUUGUUGCUCGAUCUUUUGGGUGGUCCACUGGCUCAUUUUCAAUGACAAUGCUGACGCUCUGCUUACAUUGCCAGAUUUUCUUUAGCGUGCGAUAUCCCGAGCUCUGUUCCGAUCGAGCUGCGGCCCUUGCAGAGGUGAAUCAGGCGCACCAGCGCCUGAAGGCAAACAACGACGAUCUGGAGCAACGUAUUGACGAGCUCAACACCGCUCUCAACGAGCGCAUUGGGCUGAUACAGGCGACGUCGAUGUUGGCCUGCGCCAGCGACGACGGUGUAGAUUCACCCGGCUCAACAAAGCGUCCUCGUCUCGACGCGCCUGACUGUCCGCAUGAGCAAGCUCCUCUUGAUGGCGGCUCGGCCCAAUCGCCUGCGGAUAAGCUCAGCCAAGUCCGGCGACAACUUGAUACGCUCACUCAAUCGAUGCGGCCAACUGGAGCACAGGAUGUGAAUGUGGAUACCAUGACCACUCCUCUGGAGCAACAGAGGAUGCGGCUGCUGUCAGAGCUGCAGGCCACGAUGGAUAGCGCCAGGGUCCCUGGCUCCUCCUCCGAUGCGGUUGGCGUCGAUGGAGCGCAGGCAGACGGAUCACUCGCCCGCGCCGAUAUCAUCCGAUGGGCCCUGGGCUCCCUGCUCCUGGAUCCCAAGUCCAUUCAAGAGGGCGACGCACCGCAUGCCUCUGUCAAGUAUGUGCGAUCCCUCAUCGACCGUUUCAUCAAAGAGGCCACAGACCAGCGGCUGCCUCUGUCGACCGACAAGGCACCAGCCAACCCUUAAUGAGCCCUGCUCGACGUUCAAUCUUUGACCACCACCGAGCUUGAACGAGCCCUAUGUACGGCUUUGGGCGAUUGCGUCAGUGCAGUAUCGCACGCCAUUUCGCAUCCUAAUAUGUGCAAUACAAACAGAAAUGUGAAUGACGAA